CCGAGAAAGCCCUGCGUCUCCCCGGUUGCGUGAGUACAGUAGCGGCAUAGAGGGCACGAUGUGAACCCGAAACGUGCACGAAUAUUAUAGCUUUAAUCGAUCCUAAUACUGACACUUCAACUCAAAGGAGCGAAUCUGGCUGAUAACGAUCGCAGCGGGGAAUUAAAUUUUAGGUUAAAAAAUGUAACCGAGAGCGCCAAGUGUAUACCUCCGGAGGAACUGAUGGUUGUACAAUUAAAAAAAUGCUUCAGCCAUUUACGAUGGACAGGCUGAGCGAGGAGGCGCUGAGGCUGAACCUUCUGAAGCGUGGCCUGGACACACCAGAGGGCAGUGAGGAGGCCCUGGCCAAGCGUCUCAAGAUGGAGGGCCACGAGGCCAUGGAGAGGCUGAAAAUGCUGGCUCUGCUGAAGAGGAAGGACCUGGCCGGCCUGGAGGGGGACCCCCGGUGCGGGCCUGGCUCUGGCUCGGCGGCCUACGAGGAAAAGGUGAACGGGACCCUACGAGGAGGCGUGUCGGCCCAUGGGAGCCUGGGCCGCAGCGGCAAGGAGAACAUGGGGGACGAGCCGGUGGACAUGAGCGCCAGGCGCAGCGAGCCGGACCGGGAGCGCCACACGCCGUCUCCAGAUGUCAUCGUCCUGUCUGACAAUGAGGCCUCCAGCCCCCGGGCCUCCUCCCGCUCUGAAGACAGGCUCCGGGCCGCCAACGUGGAGAUGUUCAAGGGCAAGAGCGGCGAGGAACGUCAGCAGAUGAUCAAGGCCCUCAAGGAGGAGCUGCGUCUGGAGGAGGCCCGGCUGGUCCUACUGAAGAAGCUGCGGCAGAGCCAGAUGCAAAAGGAGAACCUAGUGCAAAAGGUGCCUGUGGUCCAGAAUGCCCCCUCCUCCGUGCAGACGUCUGCCAUCCACGGCUCCCAGGGGGCCACCAAAUUGCCAUCUCGUCCCGGCCACCACGGCCCAGAGACUCAGAACCUGCGAACAGCUCAGGGUCACACUGUGAUCCGAUCGGCCGGCAGCACCUCCAUGCCCCAGGUGAUGAUGUCGCCCCGCGUCAUCGCGCCCAACCCCGCGCAGCUGCAGGGUCAGAGGGUGCCCUCCAAGCCCGGCGUGAUGCGCUCCUCCGCAGGAGGUGUCGCCGGGGCCAUCGGCUACCAGCAGGCCACCAGCCAGCAGGUGUCGACCUCCCAGCGCUCGGGUUCCUCCGCCAUCUACAUGAACCUGGCUCACAUGCAGGCCGCCGGAGCGGGGGUGGGCGCAGUCAGCCCCUCCGCCCUGCCCAGCCCGGGAGUGGGCUCUCUGUCGGACUCGGCUAGCAGCCAGGCAGCUGCCAAGCUAGCCCUGCGCAAGCAACUGGAGAAGACCCUGCUGGAGAUCCCGCCUCCCAAGCCGCCGGCCCCACUGCUACACUUCCUGCCUUCUGCCGCCAACAGCGAGUUCAUCUAUAUGGUGGGCCUGGAAGAGGUGGUGCAGAGCGUCAUUGACAGCCAGGGUAAAAUGCGGGCAGCACCCUCACGCACAGAGCCCUUCAUGUGCGCCCAGUGCAAGACUGACUUCACCCCGCACUGGAAGCAGGAGAAGGGCGGGCGCAUCCUGUGCGAGCUCUGCAUGACAACCAAUCAGAAGAAAGCGCUCAAGGCAGAGCACACUAACCGGCUGAAGAACGCGUUCGUCAAAGCCCUCCAGCAGGAGCAGGAGAUCGAGCAGCGGCUCCAGCAGCAAGCUGCCCUGUCCCCCAGCUCUGCCCAGACCGUGCCCAGCAUCAGCAAGGCGGACUCCAUGAUCCGACACCACGCGCUCAGACAGGUGUCUCAGCCCCAGGCUUCCCAGCCACCGACCUCCCUCCAGAGGGGCCUGUCCGGUUCCGCCCAGGGAGUACUCUCCAACUUCGCCCAGGCUUCCCAGCUGUCCGUGGCCAGCAGUCUGAUGGGCAUGACGGGCAAGCGCUGCAGCAGCUCCAACAGCCGGGCGCAGCACGAGUCUCGCCGGCAGCUGUACAGCAUCCCCGGUACAGGCGGCAUCGGCCCGGGGGGCGGGGGGCGCCUGGUUCAGUUUGCAGGGUGUAUCGAGGGGGACUUCAGGAGCGUCCUUCCGCGGGAUGGGGCCUUCGGCCUGCAGCGCGAGCGGCCCCUGGCUACGGAGCAGUACUGA